AUGCAGUUUCUGUUCAAACUCCCCCAAAAAAGGUUUGCCUGCACAACAACGCUUCCCGCUUAUUGGAACACUUCUAGUGACCUCUACUCUUUAGAGCGGCGGGCCGUAUUUUACAAGUCAUGGACGCCCCUUGGCCCUGUGGCCAAGGGGCCUAACGCGGGAGAGGAUUAUCUCAACGAGACAGCCCAGAUCAAUUUUAUCGUCCGUCGCGCCUCCGCCGAUUGGAGAAGCCUGAAGAUCUUCUCUCGCGAUUCAGCUUUCAAGAUUGAUUUUUUCCCGGGUCUUGAAGAGUUGAUUUCAAAGGCAGAUUUCAGCCAGUAUCCACUUAGACGGCCGCUCAAGUAUGCACCCAAAGCUAAAUGGAAGACGAUGGUGGAUGGGUAUCAAGAAUGCCUUCACAGCGCCUACGCCCAUCCCGCCUUCGCCAAGGUCUAUUCACCUGCUAGCUACAAGGUAGUCAAUCACGAAAAUUACUCUUAG